GCUACGGCCACGUGACUCCGCAGACGUCAUGGGGCAAGUUCCUGACGAUGAUGUACGCCGUGGUGGGGAUCCCGCUCUUCUUCUCCUACCUCUCGAACAACGGCGACUACAUGGCCGACGUCUUCCGGCUGUGCUACGCCCACGUGUGCCGGCCAGCCUGGCGGCGUCUCAAGGCCAGUGCGCUCGGCGUCGACGUCUACGCUGCACCGUCGGCCGGUUUCGCCAAGCCCGGAGGCCGAUCUUCCACGGCCACCAGCCCCGGUCGCGCCAACAAAGUGGCCAAGUCGAGUGGGCCCACUCGAAGCGGCGACGCCGAGGCGACGUGUUUCGUCGACGCGAACGGCUACGCGACCGCCAGACCGCCCGACCGACAGCGCUCGCUGCUCACGCCUCUCCAGACGCCGUCGACGCCCACGACCGGCCUCCUUCCCAACGUCGACCGAGACGGCCAGUCGCCGUCCGUCGCCGCGGAACUUUCGCUUCCGAAACACCCGCCAACGUCGACGUCCGACAGACGUGUCUCUCGAUGGCGACUCUCCGCGCCUCCGCCACCACCACCUUCGCCGACGCCGACGCCAAUGUCGACGCCAAUGCCGACGCCAAUGCCGACGCCGACGCCGACGCAGGCAGAGGCCUCCAGUCUCUACAGCCUUCAUCUGCCCGCCGGGCCGCCGAUCGGCCUCGUCUCCCACGGCUCUCGGCACAGCUCGACCGGAGGUGGGCAGAUCUCGCUGACGCCCACUUCGCUGUCGGAUCAGGCGGAGCAGGAGAGCACAGUGCCCAUCUGCCUCACACUAUUCAUCAUGGCCGUCUACAUUCUCAUCGGGGCUGUGGUCUUCUGCAUUUGGGAGUCGAAGGACUACCUCAAGUGGUCCUACUUCUGCUUCGUCACACUCUCCACCAUCGGCUUCGGCGACAUUGUACCGGGUGA